AUGAAAGCUCAUACACCGCCAUUGGACCUUAUCUUUCGUAUUUGCUAUGCACUCGAUGCUUGGUUGUCACUAGACGUGAAGAAUAUCGCACUGAUUCAUUGUCGAACGGGUAAAACCAGAAGUGCUGUCGUCGUAGCCUGUUAUCUCCUCUAUGCACGAUUAGCGACUGACCCAAUCGAUGCCUUUGCCGAGUUUUACAGGAAACGAUGGGAUCAAAACUCACUCACGUCUCAAGCAUUACGGAAUAAAACACCACCGUCCAUUCAAAGGUUUCUUGCAAGCUUUUACCAACUGCGGACUACGCACAAGCCGCAAAAUGACAAACCGUUGUUGCUCAAGGCCAUUAUCUUUCGACAGCUGCCGGUGGAACUACAGCCCUGUGUGCAGAUUUGGGACGAUUACAAGCGUAUCUUUUGUACAGACGAUGCACUUCGUCUUGGAGAGAGUGGAGAAGUGCCUGUGCUGGACUGGAAUGAGGAAGACGGAUACUUUGCUAUUCUGUGGGAAACUGGCGUCGAAUUGGAUGGAGGGUUUUCUGUCCUGUGCUCGUUUGGAGAGGAAUAUGACCGUGUAGACGACGUAGAUGCGUCCUUGCGAGUACUUUUUCGGUACGUGGACUCGACGCUGUUUCUCAUGCCGGGACUAGUCACGCUCAAGAAACACGAUCUAGAUAUGAUGAAGCAAUACGAACAUGGAUUUGAUAAAGGUGACUUCUCGGUUGAUCUGCUAUUGCACGAAAACAGCUCCAAGAAGCCGCGCAGUUUGGUGAGGAUGGACUAUUCGGGAAAUAGCGCAGUGCGCCAGGGUCUGACAGAGAUUACUAAGCACCACGUCGUUUUGCCAGAUCCCGCUAUGCACUCGAACUUUAUUCGCAUGGGAUUCUGCGAAACGCCUACCACAUUCGCACUGCAAUGCUCCCAAAAUACUCCGAAUGUGGCGCUAGAUCUAUUACAUUCCAAAGAGUUGUUCGCCUAUUUCGUGCAAGAGGUAAUGGAAAGUGCAGCCAAAAAUGACGUAGAAGAACCUGCCAAGUGCAACCAGAAUGUAGACUCACCAACUCAUCAUGAUUGUCGACCCUUACUUCGUCGUCAUACGACGGCUGAAGUUGUCGCCAUGCAGUCUCAACGGUCACGAUAUUCAAGCACAACAACAGCAGAAUUAUCGGUGUGUGAUACGUGCAAGAAAGACGACUACUUGAUGCGGUCUCAGAUCGUCCAGUGCGUGGGUCGAUGCAGGAAAAAUUAUCACACGACGUGCGUGGGGCUGCGAAAGAUUCCAUUCAGUCUAACGACUAUGAGUGAUCGUACCAAUCAUGAUGUAUACGUGAAGAAGUUUUUCAGUGCGUGGGAAUGUAAUGCCUGCGCUCCGAAGUCUUCUUCCUUGGCUGUAGACCUUUGCGGUCGAGAAAUUCCGUCAAACAUGAAACCGGUGCCCUCUUAUUCGGUUGGCAGAGUACCCGGCACCUCAUUUUCUAAUACCCAAGAUGUCGUACAUAUAGGUAAUGUGCAUGAUAGUCUGUCCGUCGCUAUGGAUGGGAAACAUCAAAUGGCUUACGGUGCAAAUGGUUCAGAAGAGUUUGAUCAGCAGAGAAAAGUUCAGGUGAGGAACGGGUUAUCAAUUGAGGACGUAUCGAAAGUGGAACCUAGUCCAGGCACUACGAUUGCAUCAAGAGCGAACGCAAGUCUUUCAUCGACAACCUUGACUGUUACUACGCGGCCUGGACCAUCCAAAAUAGAUACGAAGACUGCACUUUGUAGUACGUUGAACGCUGCAAAAAAGUCAAGUGAUGCGAGUGAAACGUCUUCUGCAAAAAGUGUGGACAAGUACACAUUAAUGCUGAAGCGAGGUGUUCCGUUUGAGGCAGUCCAAAACUGCAUGCAGAAGGACUUGGUAGAUCCGUCGACGCUGAAAGCUCUGGCCAAUACAAGUGACGUUAGCAGCGCACAUGAACCAUCAAAGAGACGAAAAGGUACGUUGAAAGAUGUGGAAAUGUUUUCUAGCUACUUUCGAAUGCUGCGGAUGGGAUGUCCGAAAGAAGCUGUGAAGCACAAAUUAAUCAUGGAUGGAUACGAUCCAAUUAUUCUGAACCUUGGUCCCGAUGCCAUUUCUGACGAGGUGAAGGAUCAAAUCGCAAUCAAGCAGAGCGUUUCGAAUCUUCAAGAUGACAUCAAAUGCGUGAAGCCGUCUACAGAUGUAAACAUGAAGAGCGCUGAAUCUGAGCUUUUACUGAAGGACCAUAAGGUGUACGCCAAGUAUUUUAAAAUGUUGAAGUUGGGAUUGUCUGAGGAUGCUGUUCGCCAUAAGAUGAAAGUGGACGGUGUCGAUGUGUGCGCGUUGGACUUGGGUGGUAAAGCACCUAUAUCAAAGCUGCCGAGAACUGCAGAGAAGGAAGCACCAGCCGCAACAGUGAAUGAUGUAAGGCUAAAAGAUGAUCCAAAGUACGCUAAAUACUUCAAGAUGCUGCUUAUGGGCUUACCAAAGGAUGCUGUCAGACAAAAAAUGAAGGCUGAGGGUGUUAAUGAGCGGGCCUUGAAUCUUGGCGGGGAUGCACUAGUGUCACAGCUGGUUGGAUCGUUUAGUGGAAGCAGUGUCAAAUUACAAGAUGAUCCGAUAUAUGCCAAAUUCUUUAAAAUGCUGAAGAUGGGAAUUCCCAAAGGCGCUGUCCACCAAAAAAUGAAAUCUGAGGGUAUUGAUGAGCGUGCGCUUGACCUCGGAGGCAAUGCUCUUGUCUCGGAUUUAGUUGCUCCAAGAAAUGAUGUUAGGCUUCAAGAUGAUCCAGUCUACGCAAAAUAUUUCAAGAUGCUGAAAAUGGGACUUCCUGAGGGUGCGGUUCGACAAAAAAUGGCAACGGACAACAUUGAUGUGCGUGCAUUGGAGCUCGGUCCCGACGCCACUGUUUCGCUUUUGGAUUCUGAUGGGAAUGCUAAGGGUGCAAAAGAUGCAGCGGUAAAACCCGAACGUAUACGUAAGAAGCUACACUGGCAAGCUAUUUCGGAGGAACGAUUAAGCAAUGUGAAGCAGCAAACAAUUUGGGAAGACGAGGACGACGAUGUUGAUUUUGAUAUGGAUAUGGACGAACUUGAAGCCCUCUUCUUCACGAAUCAGAACACAGGUAAUGUGAAGAAAAGUUCAUUACGAGGUGAAAGCAAAGUUUUGAAGUGCAGGCAAACCGUAACACUAAUUGACGGGAAGCGCGCAAUGAAUGCUGCCAUCUCCUUAGCCCGAGUGAAGCUUGCGUACAGGGAGAUUGCCGAAGCAGUGGCAAAAUUCGAUCCAAGUGGCCUCACAAUCGAGCAAGUUAUUGGAAUUAAUGAUAUCUUGCCAACUUCGGAGGAAGCGGCAAUAGUUUCUGAAUACACCGGAGAUACGACGAUGCUAGGCGAGGCUGAGAAAUUCAUUCUUGAGAUUGUUAAGGUCAAGCGCUAUGGACCACGGAUGGAAUGUUUGGUGCUUAAGAUUUCUUUUCCGUACCGGAGUGCCGAUCUGGCUACGUCGCUGUCACAUUUACAAAAUGCUAGUGAGGAAGUAAAGGGUAGCCGCCUACUAAAAACUUUGCUAGCGGUGGUACUCAAGCUGGGGAACACCCUGAAUGGAAGCGCAGAGGAGAAUGAGAUAAGAGGGUUUACUGUCGACUCACUGCUCCGUCUAGGUCAUACCAAAGCUAUCAACCAGAAGACGACGGUGUUGCACUAUUUGGUCCGGCUUGUGAAAAAGAAUCACCCACAGGUUCUUGACUUCCAGGCUGAGCUGCAAAGCGUUCCUCUUGCAGCACGAGAGUCUUUUGAAACGAUCGAUAACGAGUUCAAGAAGCUAAGGAAGGAACUGGCGAGUUUUAACACGGAGCUAGGACUGUUAGAAAAGCAAGCGGAUGAGGCGUUAGAACUAGAAGUCGUCAUUAAGUCGAUGCAAAACGCUGCUGCUGACUUCGAGGCACGAAUGAAAACAGUCAGUGAAAGGAUAGACUGUGCAAGAGAGGAGGUUUCAAGUGUACUCGCCUACUUUGGAGAAGACCCAAAGCAAAGUUCGACAGAGUUUUUUACCACCCUUGCGUCGUUUUGCACGAUGUUUCAACAAGCACGGAAUGUAGUCGACAGCGCGGACGAAGCUGCACAACGAGCGGAGCGUUUGAAGAUGCGUCGAUCAAAUUCAGUUAGACCACUAAAGUUCAGCAGCGGGCCAAGUUUGAAGGUAUCUCGUUUGAUUCUAGAGCGUCCUCAAAGUGACCGCACCGCUGAAAAGCGGCAUUGCGAUGAUAACUAA